UCGUCGUCCAGUUCGGGGCUGUAAUAGAAGAGUAACAUCUAGAAGAUUCUGUUCGUCAAUCGUCUGCCGCGUACGACAGCGACGCACGUGAAGGAGAAGAAAUAAUAUUGAUAAAGUAGCCUGAAGCGCCGAGUGGCUACAGCACUUUGCCUCGUUCUCAAUUUGUUCUCAAUUGACUCGUCCUCAGGGUAGAGUUUGCUCACAGUCAUGAGCGCAACCAAGGCUACAACCACCGUAAAUAAGAUGGCCCGCCGGGUGCCCCACCUCAUGACCCUCGCCGACCUGUCCGUCAGCCAAAUCGACGCCUUAAUCCUCCACGCUCGCCACCUCAAGUACCGCGGCAGCUGGCUCGAACGUCCCAACUCGCUCGACCCUAGAGCGUCUGAGGCAAGGGUGCUGCCCUCCUUGUCCCUGCAACACAAGACCAUCGCCCUACUCUUCUCCAAGCGCAGUACGCGCACCCGGCUCAGUGCAGAGACCGCCACGACCCAACUCGGCGGGCGCGCCCUAUUCCUCGGCAAGGACGACAUUCAGCUCGGGGUCAACGAGAGCGUGCGUGACUCAGCCAUGGUCAUCAGCGGCAUGUGCGAGGGCAUCUUCGCGCGGGUGGGCGACCACUCUGAGAUUGAGGAACUCGCACAGUACUCGCGCGUCCCCGUCGUCAACGCGCUCUCCUCGCUCUGGCACCCGAUGCAAGUGCUCGCUGACCUGCUCACGCUGUGCGAGCGGCGCGACUUCCUCAAGGAUCCCUCCAUUGUCGAAAGAGACAGAAAAUGGACACUAACCCACUCCCUCAACGCGCUGCGCCCGCUGACCGUCGCGUACGUCGGCGACUCCGCGAACGUGCUCCAUGACAUGCUCGUCUCGUACCCGCGCCUAGGCCACCAGCUGCGCGUCGCGAGCCCCGAGGAUGCGCGGUAUCGCGCGCCGAAGGCGGUUUGGGACCGCGUCGUGGCUCUGGGAUGCGACAAGAACAUCUUCUGGACGAAGGACCCGCGGGAAGCUGUUCAUGGUGCGGACGUCGUGGUCACCGAUACUUGGAUUUCCAUGGGCCAAGAGGCGGAGAAGGAGCAGCGUCUCAAGGACUUCGAGGGCUACCAAGUGACUGAACAGCUCUGUCGAGAGGGCGGCGCGAACCCCAACUGGAAGUUCCUCCACUGCCUCCCGCGGAAGCCGCAUGAAGUCGACGACGCGGUGUGUUUCCGCUCUUACCCGACCCCAAGCUCCCCAAAUCCAUACCCUCAUAAGUUGCACCGUGUUGAUAACGUCACCUCCCAGGUAUUCUACGGUCCCCGCUCGCUCGUAUGGCGCGAGGCCGACAACCGCAAGUGGACCACCAUGGCCGUAUUUGACCAAUUGUUCGGGCGCUGGAUGCUCCGGGGCCGCCCAGCGAUCUCGAAGCGUUCACAUCCUCUGCGGGAUGGUGGUGACAUGCAGAACGUAAUCGAGACGUUAGAUAAAAUCUUAAAGGAGCCGCAGAUCUCGCCACAGCCGGAGUAGACGUAUGUGCUCCGCUAUCCCAGCCUCCCGACACCAAGAUAUCACCGAAGACCUUGCACAGUGCGAUAUAUAGUACUCGUGUGCAUACCUUGUUCCGUGUAUGUCAAUGACAAUCGUGUUUGGCUGCGUUCA